AUGCACGCUUUUAGCCAUUCAACCGUCCGCAGGCCUGUUCCCUCCCCUAUUCCUGCCGGCCGCUCUCACGCCCACCCCGGGGCGGUCGCAGCCCCGCAGCCGGGUAAAUACGCGCCUGAGUCUCGGGAGCGGUUUCCCGGCGUCCUGGGAGCGGCGGGUUCCGCCCCUUGGAGCCCGGAGCCGGCCGGGCUGCUGUCGCGGCCACCUCGGGCCGCUCUCCCCGCCCCGAGCGCCACACCUCGCGCCUCUGCCCCCGGGACAACGGCGCACAGCCUAGUCUACCCCUGGGAGCGCACGGGCACCGGGCGGCCAGCCGCCGCCUCAGCCCCAGACGGACAACUGCCCUCUCCUCGCCGGCGGCCCGGCGCCCCCCGCGGCGUCCCAGCCCCAACCCGGUGCCCCCACCUCCCAGGCAUAGCCCCUUCCUUGCCGGGACGCCUCGCGCCGCGCCGGGCACAGCCUCGGCUCCCAGCCUCCGAGGGACACUCACCCCGGAGGCUCCUCCCGCCGCUGCUGCUGCCGCCGCUGGGACCGCGGCCGUCGCCCCCGCCGCCGCCACCAGCACCGCCGUCCGCACCGGCGCCAGCACCCCCGGCCAUCCUCUUCCUGCCGCCGCCGCCGCCCUCUCCGCUCCUGUCAGUGGCUCAGGCUCCCGGGCUGCUCCAGGUUCCCCUCGCCGCCAUUUUGACUCCUAGAGGGAGCAGGAGGGGCUCGGCUCGGCGCGGCCCUGGGGCGCCUGCGCGGCGCUGCGGAGCCGGCCCGAGCCCCCGUCCGCCCCCGCCGUCGCCGCGCCUACGGUCACGUGGGCCCGCGGCGCGCGCGCGCGCCGGGCCGGGCCAAAGUGGCGAGUUCGCGGGGCCCGGGAGCGCUCGUAGCCGAGUGCGCGCGCAUUAUUUCUUUUCCACGCUGGGGAGCGCUUCGCGGGACGCUCGGGAGUUUGAAGCUCGUUGCAGCAUCCUACUUCCUUCGGGGAACUGUGACUAAUCAUUAAAUGUAUCACAACGGAAUUAUAAUAACGUUCGUGGACGAUCAGUUCUACCAAUUCUUGCUGCCUUUUGGCGGCCGGCAUCCUGAUCGAUCGCACAUAUCUUGCAUUCUUGUCAAACACAGGACAGCGGUUCCGCGGAAAACUCCUGACAGUCUUGGCGUUUCGGCGGUUUCUAGGCGGUUUAUCUUCACCUCUGCCUGCUGCUCUUACAGACAGCACCUUGCUGCUUGCUAUAGCAGGUUUAAAACAAAAAUCUCAAAGAAACGGAAAAGUUUUCCUCAACAAAAUGUCUCCGUAAAUGACGAGAAUUGUUGAAACCGCACGAUCUCUCUGCUUGGAUGAGUCAAAUCGCCCUUCCCUGGAUGCUCCUUGUCUGGGAGUUUGCAAUAAUUCCAGCGAUGCCACGACAAAAACACCUUAUAUUUAUGAAGCACCUUAAAGUACUUAAAACACCGUUAAACAUAUGGCUUCGUUUGAACACCAAGCCACCCUUUGAAGUCGUCGAGACAGGUAUAAUGGUUACAGCUAAGAAAUAGGCUCGGAAAUACUAAGUCGUUUGCCCCGGGGCACACACGCAGCAUUAAUAAGUAGACGUGAGCAAGCCCAGACUAGAAGUCAAGACAUUGUGACCCUGGUCUUCAGGCAUAUCUCCACUCACAGUUCUCAGAAACAUCAUUGCUUAUAGCAAUAAUUUGGUGCUGAUGGGUGAUCUGUAUAGGACUGGAAUUGGACUUCAAGAGGAAGGUUACAGGUGGUUGGAGCUGAAGGUCAACCAAAUUGAACUUGAGUUGCCAGGACAUCUCAAGGUGGGUCCCAGGGACGGCAGUCUCCUGGUGGUCCGGGUUCCAGGCCACAAGUCCUACCACAUCACACUUAUCUUUAGGCCCCUCCGUGAGGCAAAGCAAGACCAAAGCCAGCACAUGCCCCACAUUAUUUCUUCUUCAACCUUAAAGGUGAAAGAGCAGGUAUGGCUAUAGAGCUCAUCACCAAAGAAAAAAUGGAGCAGGAACCUGCAGAACCCUGACGUGCCUUGCCUGACUCUGGAACGAUAAGGCCGGGGCUCUGUUGCAAGUAAAGCAGAGAAGAAGGAUCUGCAGCUCUGAGCACACAAGAAGCUUCAGGGGACAAGAGAUGCCUUCCAUUUAAAUGAUCCUAGCAACUUAAAUGAUUGGCUACAAAGACCUGAAGUAGGAAGAAAGGCACAAGUUCAAGGUAACUGAUGGAACACAGUGAGUGGAAAGGAUGUGUGGGUCAGCUACUCCUCUUCUCCUCUCUCCACUUUGUGCACAUUUUGGCAGUGUUUGUCCUAGGUGGUGGCUAGCAAAGUCUUCUAAAGAAACCAAGUCU